CUGAGAGAUUCGCAGAGGUAGCCAGGUAAGACGACCGGACUGGCAGGGCUGCAACAUGUGCUCGCCACUGCGUGCUGCGUUCCAGCCCCUCAGCACACCUGGCACGUCGCUCGGCACACUUUUAAGGCGAUCAAUUAUCUCUUUCCGUUUAUUUUGCACUCCACACCAGGCUGGCAGCCGAGCAAGUCAAUGGGGAGAAUAUGGUGAAUGGCUGAUGACUGCACCCGUGUCCGCGCACGGAGCAAUGGACUGCAGUUUUACUUGAAGAGGCACUCACAUGGAGAACCCAGCGAAGUAUCUCUCAUCGGUGCAUGGGAUUGACUCCGUGCCGGCUCCCCUCGGAGAGAUUAUGUGGAACAGCACCGAAACGGAGGCAACAAAAGACGGGGGAAAGGAUGUAGUGGUGCGUACGCUGACGGGCUGCCUGCUGUCCCUGCUCAUCAUAUGGACCCUGCUGGGGAACAUCCUGGUCUGCUCCGCGGUGUUGCGCUUUCGACACCUGCGGACCAAAGUGACCAACAUUUUCAUCGUCUCCCUGGCUCUAUCGGAUUUAUUCGUGGCCGUCCUGGUGAUGCCCUGGAAAGCUGUGGCAGAGGUGGCGGGGUACUGGCCAUUUGGCACUUUCUGUAACGUCUGGGUAGCUUUCGACAUUAUGUGCUCUACCGCCUCCAUCCUCAACCUCUGCAUCAUCAGCGUGGAUAGAUACUGGGCCAUCUCCAGCCCCUUCCGCUACGAGAGGAAAAUGACCCAGCGAGUUGCCUUUGUUAUGAUAAGCAUCACUUGGACGUUGUCUGUGCUCAUUUCAUUCAUACCGGUCCAGCUAAACUGGCACAAAGCCAGCAGUGACGACAUGGCUGGGACGCACAACUCUUCCACGAGUCCGCAUAUAGAGGAAAACUGUGACUCCAGCUUGAGCAGAGAGUAUGCUAUAUCCUCCUCUUUGAUAAGUUUCUAUAUUCCCGUGGCAAUUAUGAUUGUGACUUACACCAGAAUAUACCGGAUUGCACAAAUACAAAUAAGAAGAAUAGCCUCCCUGGAGAGAGCAGCAGAGCACGCGCAAAGUUGCAGGACAAACAGAAUUGAGUGCCAACACCACAACACCUUGAAAACGUCGAUUAAACGGGAAACCAAAGUGUUCAAAACUCUGUCGGUGAUUAUGGGUGUCUUUGUGUGUUGCUGGUUACCUUUCUUCAUCCUCAACUGUAUGGUCCCGUUCUGCGACAGACCGGCCACUGACCGGGACGCUGGUCUGCCCUGCGUCAGCGAGACGACCUUCGAUGUCUUCGUGUGGUUCGGCUGGACCAACUCCUCCCUGAACCCCAUCAUUUACGCCUUCAACGCCGAGUUCAGGAAGGCAUUCGCCAGCCUCUUGGGCUGUCGCAAUUUCUGCUCCAACACACCAGUGGAAACUGUUAACAUCAGCAACGAGCUGGUCUCAUACAAUCAUGACACCCUCAUCCACAAGGAAAUUGCGAAUGCAUAUGUCAACAUGAUCCCCAACGUGGUUGAAUGUAUUGAGCAUGAAGAGACUUUCGACAGGAUUUCACAGUUUUCUCACAACGAAAACGCCACCGAUUCGGUUUGUGACUUGGAGGACUGUGAGGCAGAUAUCAGUCUUGACAGGAUGUCACCGUUCACACCCAACGGAUUACACUAACUCCAACUCUGUCUCCCCGUGCGUAUUUGGAUGUAUUGAUAAUAAGUCAUCGCUCAUUCACCUCCUUUGUCCCGGAAGUUGUUCAACACAAGAAGCCCCCAGCUCACGGCCCACUGAGCCGAGCAGCUGAUGAGGGAUGAAGUGAUUUGCUCAUGGACACUUCAGCAGGGCGCAUACGUCUCUGUAGCCACCUAGGCCAUCCUGCCCCCGCAUUGCGUCAUGUAGGACAUGUGAUGUUGUUGUCCUGUUCUGAAAAAAACAAAGUGAUGUGUUGGUGUUUAUUUACAUGACAAGUGAAGUCUGUGUUCAUUUGUCUAUAGGUUCGGUGUCGUUGAAGCUGUUGUUUACCGGAAGGCUUUAGUCGGAGCGUCCGCGUCUCAUGUCCAUCCACUUGGAAGGAAAAAAUAAUGUUUGUAAAAAUGGAAACUUUUUGCUGCUUAAAACCAUAGUAUAUCCAGUGCCCGCCUUUCCACUGAGUAAGAAAACUGAGGGAAGCCUUACAGACAGUGCAACCAAGAUAGUUCUACUCAAAUGCAGUCAUUUCAGCGCCUUAUCUUAUUUAAGGAAGUGUUUUGAGACGUGAAAGGAAUGUGUUGUACGAAGUAACAUGAUGCCAAAAUGCAGUAUUAACGUGUCUACCCACUGCAGCCCCCCAACGACUCCCUCAGCACCCUCUCUGCACCAUAUAUGGGCUGUUCUGCAGUUUGAUCAAGGCUCAGAUGGCUUUGAUGGAGCAAAUGUAAAAUGUACAAAACUUAAUGGUAUAUGAACGUGUAAAAGUAAGCCUGUUUACAGUGGAAUCAUUAAUACAAGUCAAAGAAUUUUGAACAGAACCAGAGGUUUUUCUAAAACUGUGAUUCUUUUCUGUGACCUUUCAUUUCUCAUUGAGGCCAAAACUACUGGAUGGUUGUGGUUUAUCAACCACAGUCAGCUCUAACCGAGCUGUGCAACAGAAAAGAAAGAAUCCAGGCUGUCGAGGUGUGAUUUCAAGGUGUGAAUCAAUAACUGCGACACAAUAAGGCUACAACGUCUCAUCAACUGGAGGAAUUGUUACUAUACAAAGCCUACACACACACACACACACACACACACACACACACACACACACACACACACACACAGACAUACACACACACACACACACACAGAACUGGAUGUCAUAAAUCUCCUCUCCAACACCUCUCUCUAUCUUUGUACUGUACAGAUGA